CGGGGAGUCGCACAAAUAAUUUGUCUACUAUAUUUAAAUUAAUUAGUAUUCAAUUAUUGAGUUUUCCGACUUUAAAUUAGAUUUAUUAUUUAUAUACUGUGAAAAGAUACAUAGUCAUGAUACAAAGAAGACAUAAUUUAGUAAGUUUGUUUCUAACAUAACAUUUUUGUCCCCCGAUCGACCACAAAUAAAUAUCAGAAGUAUUUAUUUUAUUUUAUUUUUAAAAAAUAGUUUGUCAUCUUCCUCUCUUUUUAUUGUUACUCUCAAAUUGCAAACGUAUAGGCUCUUUUCAAAAAGAGAGAGAGUUGUUAAUGUAAGUCUCUUCUCGGCGUGAAUUUGGAUGCUUUAGUCGGAAACAUUCCUCCAGGAAUCAGCCGUCGACGAUUUUGAGACCAUUUUAGCCAUUUAAACCGGUUUCAUGGAAGGUGGAAACAUGUUUGAAGAGAUUGGGUGUUUUGAUCCAAAUGCUCCGGCAGAAAUGACGGUGGAGAGCAGUUUUUCUCCGGCGAAUCCACCACCGCCGGUCACGGUCGGCGGUAGCACGAGCAACAGCAACUGCAGCCUAGAAGAUCUCUCUGAGUUUCACCUCAGCCCACAAGACUGUUCUUUAGCCGCCGCAGCAGCAGCAGCAGCUUCCGUUCAUCAGCUUCACAUCAAUGCUACUCCUAAUUGCGAUCACCACCAAUUCCAGAACUUAAUGCACCAAACCCUUCAAGAUCCAUCAUACGCGCCACAGUCUAACAAUUGGGACAAUGGUUACCAAGAUUUUGUGAAUUUGGGUCCUAGUCACACAACUCCUGACCUACUCAGUCUCUUGCAAUUGCCUAGAUCCUCACUUCCACCUUUCGCAAACCAUAGCCUUCAAGACAUUAUCAUGACAUCGUCCUCUGUCUCUGCCGCCUUCGACCCUCUCUUCCAUUUGAACUUCCCUUUGCAGCCUCCUAAUGGGAGUCCACUAGGAGCUGAGGAUCAUACUGAUCAGUCAAAUGGAGUGAAUCACCAUUUGAUAUAUGCUGAAGAGAACAACAACCUCGAGGAUGGUCUGAACCGUAAAGGCAGAGGAUCGAGGAAGCGGAAAGUUUUCCCUACCGAGCGCGAGAGAAGAGUUCACUUCAAAGACCGGUUCGGUGACUUAAAGAAUCUUAUUCCAAAUCCCACCAAGAAUGAUAGGGCAUCAAUCGUAGGAGAAGCGAUAGACUACAUCAAGGAGUUGUUAAGGACGAUCGAAGAAUUCAAGAUGCUGGUGGAGAAGAAAAGAAUCGUAAAACAUCGGAACAAGAGACGCAGAAUCGAAGAAGAAGGAGAUGAUGUCGUUGAUGAGAGCUACAGGGCGCAAAGCGAAGUAGUGGAACAGUGUUUGAUCAAUAAGAAGAACAAUUCCUUGAGAUGUUCGUGGCUGAAGAGGAAAUCGAAAUACACUGAAGUCGAUGUACGUAUCGUUGACGAUGAAGUUACGAUCAAGAUCGUGCAGAAGAAGAAAAUCAAUUGUUUGUUGUUCGUCUCCAAAGUGAUUGAUCAGCUUCAGCUUGAUCUUCACCAUGUAGCUGGUGCACAGAUCGGAGAGCACCACAGCUUCUUGUUUAACACCAAGAUUUGUGAAGGAUCUAGUGUUUAUGCAAGCGCGAUAGCAGACAGAGUUAUGGAAGUGCUGGAGAAACAUUACAUGGAAGCUCUUUCGACGAAUAAUGGCUACAAUUGCUACUCCAGUGAUUAGUGCGUUUUCUUCCAGCUAGUAAUGAAUAAUGACUUUCAUUAUGGAUGAUUAAUAAUAAUCACAUUAGUCACGUUUCGUUGUUUGGGCUUGUAUACGCCUUUUUUUGGGGUUUGACAUCUUCCAAAUUUCCAAUCAUUUCCAACGAAUUCUCUUCGAAUAUUCUUAUAUGUGAGAGUUCCAUCUUUUCC